CCACUACUACCCCAGCGAGGCUCUUCCGCGCGACGAUCACCACAUCAACCCCCAGGAUGUCAUCCCGAGAGCUCGCGAUGAAUACCAAUCGCUGGCGCGUUGUGUCAUGGACUUCGAGCUUCACUUCACUUCACUCCCAGACGAUAUCAUCCUCGAGGUGGCCAGCAAGAUCGUACAUCUCCGUCAGCGCAGCCGCCGUCGCGAAGUUUUCGGUAGACAGCGCCACCCAACCUCCGAUGUGCACCUCAUUGUGCGAUGGUCGAUCGGUGAUGAGCUUCUCCGUGUUCUCAUCUUCAGCGCGAUGGAGCUAUGCCAGCUUCAAUCGUUGUCACUACCUGACGACGCGUCCACGUCGCAAGCACCGCAGAGCCGGCCCUCAAGUCUGGUAUCGUAUCCCUCCCGUGACUUCCUGGAUCUACUCAUGAAGCACAUCGACGACCUGAGUCAUGUCGUUGACAAGCUCUCCCAAGGCGACGGAACGUUACCGAAGCUAGCCAGAGUUCGCAUCGAGCUCGUCAUAGCGCAGUGUGUUGCGACCGUCUCCGGUCGGCUCAGGUUGCCGCAGAGCAUAACUGCUGCCUCAGCGGGGCAAGAGCUCGAGGAUACCAUCAAACUAGCUGAUUAUCUCACCGCGGCCAACGUUGACCUGGUGUCAGAAGUUCGCUCGUUCGACCGAGAUACGAAUGCAAGUCCGCUCACGGAUGAAGGUGCUAAAGCACGCAAACGCUUGGAGGAGCGGGUGACGGAACACGCACGAUUGGUGAAUACCCUGCACGCCCGUGCGUUCACCUCCCCCGGCUAUGCCUGUGCCUGGGCGUCAUGGAUGGAUCUGGGUGUAGUGGCGUACGACCUGUAUGACCUCCCGGGGCAAACCCUCGAGAUCUCGCGUGCCACUGAGCUCCUCCAGAGCAUUGUGGAGGAGAGAAAUGUGUUGUUGAAACGGGUGAAGGUUUUGGAUAGCAAAGACUUCAAUAUGAAGUCUCCAGAGUGGAUCGAGGUGAAGAGGGCUCUUCUUGGCAUGAACUUGUUGUUUAGUGUACACGUGGGUGACAUCCAAGGUCUAGUGUAACAUCAUUGUAAGGACGAUAACUUCAGGCCCGCGAACAGAUACAUAACAUAGAUCUCUGUAAUACUACCAACAUUCUGUCUGGGGAUAUGUAACACCGCGC